CUAGCCGCUUUGAAAAGAUUUGGUCGAAAGGAAAGUUUGCCGUCCCACCAACCCCCUCCCCCCCCGCCCGCCGGGCCUUAGCUCAACGACAACCGAUAGAAGCCACAAUGUCAGGGCCACCGCCAGCGGGUGCCAAACCAACGGCACCCAAGGGAGCCUGGGGACAACCGGCACCCCAGGGAGCCUGGGGACAACCAGCACGUUCGGGUCCAUCGUCCGACCCCCCUAUCGCUGCACCAUCCAACCCCCUGUUCAGGCCCCCGGUAGCGGGCACCACAUCUGUUUUAGACAAAAAUACAAAGGCCGCGCCUCCUCCUACCGAAUCGGAACCGGAUCCGAACGCGGUUGAAAUCACCGACGACGUAGGCAUCAGCAUCAGCCCCUUGUACAAAGAUAAGACGGCGGACGAGACGGUGACGAACAUUUUCGCCCUGCUCAACAGUGUCGGCGUGCGCAACUUCGACGUCAAGGCCAUCAGGGUCAACCUCAAGGAAGGCUACGCCAAGAUCGAACUGCCGGAGAAGGCGAUAGAGGAGUACCUCGUGAAGACGCUCCGGGAGACGUACAAGCUGAAGAACCAGUUCAACUUCUCCACCAUCACCGACGACUUUGAAAAAUUCAGCGUCAAGCGGCUGAACAAUUACGUGGACCCCAUAAUCCAGGUAAUGGGGAGCUUGCAGUGGUAAUAAGGUGAGGGUGGUAAGAAAGCUGGUAGGGUAAGAGGCCUGUGCGCGAUGGCGGUAGUCUGACGGUUGGUUUACAAUCAGUGGUUCCCGGGGGCUCCGCGGCCACUCCCUCCCCUAGUAACAUUACUCCUAAAAAGCAUUGUAUUGUAAAACAUAGGGUUGGUUUAAGGGACUCCCUAAAAAGAGUGAUUUAAAAAGGGCUCCUCGAGUCAAACAGCAUUAGAACCACUGGUAAAAUGCAAAUAGAAGAUAACGUUAAAACGACAAUAAUGAAACGAUAAUGUUAAAAUAAUGUGACGAUAAUGUGACAAUAAUGUUAAAAUAAUGUGACAAUAAUGUGGCAAUAAUGUGAUAAUAAUGUUAAAAUAAUGUGACAAUAACGUUAAAAUAAUGUGACAAUAAUGUGACAAUAAUGUGACAAUAAUGUGACAAUAAUGUGACAAUAAUGUGACAAUAAUGUUAAAAUAAUGUUAAAAUAAUGUGACAAUAAUGUGACAAUAAUGUGACAAUAAUGUUAAAAUAAUGUGACAAUAAUGUUAAAAUAAUGUGACAAUAAUGUUAAAAUAAUGUGAAAAUAAUGUGACAAUAAUGUGACAAUAGUGUGACAAUAAUGUGACAAUAAUGUGACAAUAAUGUGACAAUAAUGUGACAAUAAUGUGACAAUAAUGUUAAAAUAAUGUGACAAUAAUGUGACAAUAAUGUGACAAUAAUGUGACAAUAAUGUGACAAUAAUGUGACAAUAAUGUGACAAUAAUGUGACAAUAAUGUACCAGUUGGUCCAUAGUCCAGAGCAGGGUUUCUCAAAGUGAGCGGUGGGAUAGCUCAGGAGAGUGGGGUGGAGCUGACAGGCUAGGGAGAUUUCAGGGUCGGCGGCGUUUGGACACCCAAGGGCGCACCGAAGAACUAUAUGGGGAAUGUGUGUUUUAAUUAAAUGUAUUUAAUUUUCAAAUGAAAUAUUAAAUACUGUAUUGAUAAUUUGUGUCAAAUAAUAGCCGAGGGUAGACAUCACAUAAUUGUUCCCCCAUAUGGUGAACGGAGCGAAGAUCUUUGACGUAACGGUCCAUUUCAAUUCAAACAGUGGCGAUGAUGGAGAUCGCUUAUCAAUAGUUUCCUUUGUGUAAAGCUGUUUCCUUCUCCACGAUGGGCGCUUACUCUUACUCAACUAUUGUAUUAAGCAUUGAAAGGCCACUGGUAUUGUGCAGUACUGCCUGUCGGACUGUCUGUAGGCGUAUUGUUUAAAGGUUAGCUGGUAGGGUUUAGGACUGUCUGUAGGCGUAUUGUUUAAAGGUUAGCUGGUAGGGUUUAGGACUGUCUGUAGGCGUAUUGUUUAAAUGUCAUAGGUUAGGGCGUAGGACUGGAUAUACGCAUUUUGUUUAAAGCUGUAGGCCACCAGGGCAGUCUGUAGGCCACCAGGGCAGUCUGUAGGCCACCAGGGCAGUCUGUAUGCCACUAGGGCAGUCUGUAGGCCACUAGGGCAGUCUGUAGGCCAAUAGGGCAGUCUGUAGGCCAAUAGGGCAGUCUGUAGGCCACUAGGGCAGUCUGUAGGCCACUAGGGCAGUCUGUAGGCCACUAGGGCAGUCUGUAGGCCACUAGGGCAGUCUGUAGGCCAAUAGGGCAGUCUGUAGGCCAAUACGGCAGUCAGUAGGCCAAUACGGCAGUCUGUAGGCCACUAGGGGAGUCUGUAGGCCACUAGGGCAGUCUGUAGGCCACUAGGGCAGUCUGUAGGCCACUAGAGCAGUCUGUAGGCCACUAGGGCAGUCUGUAGGCCACUAGGGCAGUCUGUAGGCCACUAGGGCAGUCUGUAGACCUUUUGUUUAAAGGCUGGCUGGGCAGGUAGAGUGAAUGACUGUCUGUAGGCCACUAAGGGUGUCUGUAGGUCUGUUUUUCAAAGAUCGGCAGGUAUUGUGUGAGACUAUUGUUAAAAGGCUGACAGUCAGGUAGGGUGUGAUGCUAUUGUUGAAAGGCUGGCAGGUGGGGUGUGAGACUAUUGUUGAAAGGCUGGCAGGUAGUGUGUGAGACCAUUGUUGAAAGGCUGGCAGGUAGGGUGUGAUGCUAUUGUUGAAAGGCUGGCAGUUGGGGUGUGAGACUAUUGUUGAAAGGCUGGCAGGUAGGGUGUGAUGCUAUUGUUGAAAGGCUGGCAGGUGGGGGUGAGACUAUUGUUGAAAGGCUGGCAGGUAGGGUGUGAUGCUAUUGUUGAAAGGCUGGCAGGUGGGGUGUGAGACUAUUGUUGAAAGGCUGGCAGGUGGGGUGUGAUGCUAUUGUUGAAAGGCUGGCAGGUAGGGUGUGAUGCUAUUGUUGAAAGGCUGGCAGGUGGGGUGUGAGACUAUUGUUGAAAGGCUGGCAGGUGGGUGUGAUGCUAUUGUUGAAAGGCUGGCAGGUGGGGUGUGAGACCAUUGUUGAAAGGCUGGCAGGUAGGGUGUGAUGCUAUUGUUGAAAGGCUGGCAGUUGGGGUGUGAGACUAUUGUUGAAAGGCUGGCAGGUAGGGUGUGAUGCUAUUGUUGAAAGGCUGGCAGGUGGGGGUGAGACUAUUGUUGAAAGGCUGGCAGGUAGGGUGUGAUGCUAUUGUUGAAAGGCUGGCAGGUGGGGUGUGAGACUAUUGUUGAAAGGCUGGCAGGUGGGGUGGGAGGCAAUUGUUGAAAGGCUGGCAGGUAGGGUGUGAGGCUAUUGUUGAAAGGCUGGCAGGUGGGGUGUGAGGCAAUUGUUGAAAGGCUGGCAGGUGGGGUGUGAUACUAUUGUUGAAAGGCUGGCAGGUAGGGUGUGAUGCUAUUGUUGAAAGACUGGCAGGUGGGGUGUGAGACCAUUGUUGAAAGGCUGGCAGGUAGGAUGUGAUGCUAUUGUUGAAAGGCUGGCAGGUGGGGGUGAGACUAUUGUUGAAAGGCUGGCAGGUAGGGUGUGAUGCUAUAGUUGAAAGACUGGCAGGUGGGUUGUGAGACUAUUGUUGAAAGGCUGACAUAUAUGAUAGAAAAUGAGAAGUUAAUUUUUCGUGUAACACUUCGAACCACGUGGUAUUUUCUAAAAAAUACCCGGAUCCUGUGUAAAAAACAACUUCCCCCCCCCCGUUACCCUCAACCCCUAGUAUAUAUUCCAGUCUAUAUAUAUAUAUAUUUACCUAAGCGUUUCAGCUGACUCCACUUGAUACUGUGUAUUCAACCCCCCACCUUCCCUGCCUCACAUGACCACUUAAAUACUUUGAUGUCCACCCACCACCCUCCUCCACUUAAGUUAUCUUGGGGUGUCCGUUGUGUAGGAUUUGAAACUGAUGUUGUACAACAUUUGAUGGAGCAUCACGCAUGACUGGCUGCAAAUGUAUAGGAGAAAUGUUAAUGGGAUGUUGUGUAGUAGAUUUAUUAGCAGGAUGUUUUGUAGUAGAUUUAUUACUAAGGUGGUGUGUAGUAAAAAUGUUACUAGGAUGUCGUGUAGUAGAAAUUUUGCUAGGAUGUCGUGUAAUAGAAAUGUUGCUAGGAUGUCGUGUAGUAAAAAUGUUACUAGGAUGUCGUGUAGUAGAAAUGUUGCUAGAAUGUUUGUAGUAGAAAUGUUGCUAGGAUGUCGUGUAGUAGAAAUGUUGCUAGGAUGUUGUGUAGUAAAAAUGUUACUAGGAUGUCGUGUAGUAAAAAUGUUACUAGGAUGUCGUGUAUUAAAAAUGUUACUUGGAUGUCGUGUAGUAAAAUGUUACUAGGAUAUCGUGUAGUAAAAAUGUUACUAGGAUGUCAUGUAGUACAAGUGUUACUAGGAUUCCGUGUAGUAAAAAUGUUACUAGGAUGUCGUGUAGUAAAAAUGUUACUAGGAUGUCGUGUAGUAAAAAUGUUACUAGCAUGUCGUGUAGUAAAAAUGUUACUAGGAUGUCGUGUAGUAAAAAUGUUACUAGGAUGUCGUGUAGUAGAAAUGUUGCUAGGAUGUUGUGCAGUAGAAAUGUUGCUAGGAUGUUGUGCAGUAGAAAUGUUACUGGGAAGCUGUGCCGUAGAAAUGUUGCUAGGAUGUUGUGCAGUAGAAAUGUUACUAGGAUGUUGUGCAGUAGAAAUGUUACUGGGAAGCUGUGCAGUAGAGAUGUUACUAGGAUGUUGUGCAGUAGAAAUGAAGUUUUUAAAAUAAAAAGCACUACAACGCAUUUCGAUCAACUGGGAUGUGUUAUCCAAUCUUUUUAUCUGUAAACUGGGGGUUGGGGGUAGGCUUCAUAAUAUAGUUAAACAAGGCUGAAAUGUUUCAAAAUGUAGUCGAUUGAUUGUUUAACAGUUACUUAAUGUAGUCAAUUGAUUAUUUAACAGUUACUUAAUGUAGUCAAUUGAUUAUUUAACAGUUACUUAAUGUAGUCAAUUGAUGGUUUAACAGUUACUUAAUGUAGUCAAUUGAUUAUUUAACAGUAACGUAAUGAAGUCAAUUUAUUAUUGUAACAUCCUGUUGUUGACAUGUCAAGUUAUCACACUCCUGUUGUCGACACAUCAAGUUGUCACACUCAUGUUGUUGUCACGCCAAAUCGUCACACUCCUGUUGUUCUCUUCGAUAAUUAAAACAUUCAACCCGGUCAAUAACAAAUAAGAAAGAUGGCGAGGUCGCAACGGUGUCGGGUUAACGUGUAACAGUGCCGGAUUGACCUAUACGUAAGCAAUUUAUAUUAGCAGAGUCGUCACGUUCGGCUCCAAUCUUUAAGAGGCCCAAAUCAUCGAUGCGGAAAAACUAUCAACCUUACGCGCGGGGCCCAAAACCCCAAAUAUGAGGGCACUUCUAAAAGUCACUCGGCGGAUCUACCUAUGGGCCACGCGCCUUUUAGGGGCCACACGAGAGAGAACCCAAAUGCAUAUCUGAAUCGAUGUGAUUCUGAACGUAAGCGUUAUGAUGUCAUAUGCCGUACGGAGAUUGUCGUCUGGCAAGUCUCCAUUCAGAACACAUUACAUCUACAGAGGCGUCGACUUAAGGGGGAGUGGAAGAAGAAAGAAAAGCCGUUAAGUGCGGGGAUAAUCAAAUGGCAGUUUUUUUAGCAACGCAAUGUCCAGGAUAUAUGAGCUUGCACAUAACAUUCCGGGAUAUAAGAAUUUGUUGCACAUAACAUUCCGGGAUAUAAGAGUUUGUUGCACAUAACAUUCCGGGAUAUAAGAGUUUGUUGCACAUAACAUCCCGGGAUAUAAGAGUUUGUUGCACAUAACAUUCCAGGAUAUAAGAGUUUGCACAUAAAUGUCCCUGAACAACAAUUUUUUAAUAUCAGUUGGCAUAUGCAAUGUUGAUGAAGCAAUCUUCUUUACCGGCAUCAUUGCCAACUUUGAGCGGUUAGAAUCAAAUAUAACUACAAAUUUGGCGCACAAAGAUGGGGUUUGACGGCUCGAUGUGCACACACUUAACACAGCUCUCUCAAAAUAUAAGCUUCGGAAAACUGAUUCACAGUCUCACCGAAAUGGCUCACACAAGGACCUGUCAUUAUUUCGGCUACAUGGCAACAUGGCUCAUACAAGAACCGGUCAUUAUUUCGGGUACAUGGCUCACACAAAAACCUGUCAUUAUUUCGGCUACAUGGCAACAUGGCUCAUACAAGAACCGGUCAUUAUUUCGGGUACAUGGCAACAUGGCUCACACAAGAACCGUCAUUAUUUCGGCUACAUGGCAACAUGGCUCACACAAGAACCUGUCAUAAUAUCGGACAGCAUGGCAACAAUAAGGGCACAUCUCGUGUCGCUGCAGUUCCAGGUCCCCAGUCUCCAAGGGGCUAAAAACUCCCAAGUAGGGAGACCCUGCCGUCUAUCUUUACCUCUAAAUGAUCCGAGCACAAAUGAUUCAUUCACAUGUUUACGUAUCAACUAAUCUUCUUGUAACAAUUACCGGAGUCAACAGCCAAUCAACAUACUGCCUCGCUCCCCUUCAUGUGUGCUGGUGAGGAAACUCAACUGUGCGCGCAUUUUACAAAGACAGCAAAUGAUGACCAAAUACGACACCAAGUGACGCCAUCCGUCAAACAACUCCAAAAUAUAAUUGAUAAAUCUUCCUGAAAUCACGUUGCUAAAGUCUAGUAAUCUUCAGCUAUCUUGUUCUACUUUGGCAUAUGACCUACUUUUUCCUUCAGCUAUCUUGUUCUACUUUGGCAUAUGACCUACUUUUUCCUUCAGCUAUCUUGUUCUACUUUGGCAUAUGACCUACUUUUUCAUUCAGCUGUCUUGUUCUUCUUUGGCAAACGACCUACUUUUUCCUUCCGCUAUCUUGUUUUACUCUGGCAGACGACCAGGGCCAUAUUUCCCUAUAGACUAAGUAGGCACAGGCCUCCAAAAUUCCAGGGGGCCUGAAAAUUUAAGAAGCCACAUUUGAUUUAUUCCAGGGCUUACUUCAAGGAAAAAAAUACUUUUACAAUUUACAAAUUGCAAUUAAAUCACAUUAAAAAGAAUAAUAAAUUAGAUUUAAUUUAAAUAUAAUUUAAAAAAAAACAAAAAGAUUAAAUUAAAUAUGUAUAAUCUAAUGUUAAAGGAAAAGUUUGGUACCAGGCUCUAUAGAAAUGAUAUUUUUUUUAGAAAAUGGAAUAAUUUUUUGGUAGGUUUUGUUAAACGUUGUCCGUAAAGCGAUUUAUAAACUAUCGAGAAUGAACGGGGAGCUCUGAAACAAUGUACUAUUGUUGACUGAAGAAUUUUAAAAGAAAAUGAGAGAAAGUUUCAGUCAACUUGAGCAACGAACGGGAUGAUGACCACAAAAUUGUCUAAAGAUGUUCAAGAUAUGGGUCAACUACAAGUAAAUAAAGGAGUCGCACCUAAUACAUUAAACCAGUGGUUCUCAUUCAACCUGUGGGUCGCGACCCCUUUGGGGGUCGAACGACCGACUCUUACACAGGUGUCGCCUAAGGGGUCUUUCGCAAACAACGUCACGCUCAGGGAGUGAGGGGGUCGAGAAUUUGUGGACACUUCGUGACAGGUGGGUAGGGGGUAAAAAAUUGUGACGUCACGUUUUUUAAAAUUAUUUUUUAAAAGUCUUAAUGUUCUAAUUUUGACAAAUCUUUAUUCAAUUAAUUUGAAAAAACGUUAAUUUGAGGUCGAAAUUGCCUCAGGUAUUAUAGGUAUCAUGAAAGUCAGUGGCGCAUACCUUCUGCGCAUAUCGAAAAAAGACGCAAAAAGUGUGGCUUGUGGAUGAUUUUGUUGUUUCGCGUCACAUUUUUCUAAUAAUAAAACAUCUUGAUCCAUUAUGGGGAAAAUGUUAAAUAAUAAAAUCUUAGUUUCGUUAUGACAAUUUUAUGUAUGCUUUGAUUUUUUUAGGUGUGACAUGACACUAAGUGUGGGGGGGGGGUCUUAAAAUGUCAUUUUAUUUGCGUGACGCAAUUUACGAACGACCCAUAAGACCAUCGGAAAACACAUAUUUAUGAAGUUGUAACGAAAAUAAUGUCAUGGUUUGGGGGCACCACAACAUGAGGAACUAUAUUUUAAAUGGUAGUGGCAUUAGGAAGGUUGAGAUCCACUGAAUUAGACGAACUAUCUCCAAAAGACAAAUUUACAAGAAAUUUAUUUGUUCUUAGAUUCAGAUACACUUGAAUCAAAUUUAAUAAGAACAGCGACUUUGUAUAGUUACAAGGCACAACAAUGUGUGUGUGUGUGUGUGCAUGCGUCAGUACAUUUGUGUGUGUACUGAUACUGGUACUGGAUCUGGUACUGAUACACUGAUAGUCUGAUGUUCUCUAAUCAAGAGGAUUCAGUAAAGAGUUUAACUUUUGAACUGACAGUAUAUACCAACGAUUUCGAUGUUGAAAUUAAGGAUAUAAGGAUAACCUUUGACACAUUGGUAUGCUAAACAAUGCAUCGGCCCACAUCGGCCCACAUCAGCAGUGCCGGCUUUCGGGAGUUUUGUGCUAUAGGCAAAGACACCAAAUGCGCCCCUGAUCAUACCUGGUGAUGAGCCAUUUUCUGUGCUCUUUUUUUUUUAUACAUUUCAUAUAAUAAAAAUAGAAUUGCUUUCAUCUAUUUUAACUAGUUUUCUUACAUUUCCAAGAAACUCAAAAAUGCCCUAUUGAUUUCAAAUGAUACAUCUGAGUGAUGAAGCUAUGUGACUAACAAUUUAUUAUAAUGUGUAGGUGGCCCAACUGACAUAAACUGAAAUGAUUACCUUGGCAAGUUUGUUGUAACAUCAUGCUGUAACAUCAAGAUUUGUUUUUGUUGUAACUGAUGGUCAGUUUCAAGAUGACUACAGUUUUCUUGCACACCUGAUGACCACUUAAACAUUAUGUCCACUACCGCAACAAACCAAUCCUGUGACUGUGGCAAAGACAUAAAAGUGUCAAGAGUGUCAAAUGAGGAACAGUUGAAUUCAAGUCAACGAGGACCUUCCUUCACAAUUGCCGGAGGAGCAGGAAUCCUGUACUAUUUCGGUCACAUCUAACCCUUCUCCAAUCGUUUAUUUCUCUGGAUGUUGUAACUAAAUCAACCAGACGAUAUGUUGUUAUGGUAGUUGUGAGGUUCCCUGCUGAACAUUUUGUCAAUUCACCAGGCAUGGUUUUCACCAUUCAGGCUUGGCGAUGAAUCGUUCAACUUCUACCUCUAAUGUUUGGGGGAAAUUUGCUUAAAUCAAGGUUGAAAACCGGUACGGCAUUCAAGCAUGGAGCGCCGUUAGUCCACGCGCCAAUGACAUAUUCCCAUUUGACACCAUGCACCUCAAAGAAUAUGUCCUCUUUAUCAAAUAUUUAUUUUGCAGUCUUUCUGGCGCUGAGAGUUUCGCAAAAAAAAAAUAAAUCAUCUUCCAGUUGCUUGUCAUAUCCCAAUGACAGGUAAACGCAAAGUUUGGCUUAGUUGGCGACACCCGGCGACGCCCGGCGACACCCAGUGACACCCGGCGACACCCAGCGACACCCUGUGACACCCGGCGACACCCAGUGACACCAGGUGACUCCCGGUGACACCCAGUGACUUCCAGCGACACCCGGCGACACCCAGUGACACUCAGCGACAACCAUCGUUCCAUCCAAGCGGAAUCGCAAAGAAGUUGAAAUUUGAAUUCUGAACCUGCGUGACUGUUCUUAUGUUAUAGGACAUCUCCGCUAUUCGCCUCCUGACAGUACCGUUUGGCGGGGGAACGUGCCUUAGCUCCUCGAGCUCAGAACUUCCCAGCGCAUUCGAUAUGAGAUCUUUCCAGCAAGGUGAUAUCAGCUGUUCUCAGAUGCUGUGGGAGGUUUCUUGGCGGCAGCUGUUGUUCUCAAAACAGCAAAGGAUGCUUUUAGACAAGCCUCAAUUUUCUGCAAAAACAUUUACGUGUCAUCAAGCCUGGAUUUGCGCCAUCGUUUGGCUUGGUGUUUAAAGAAGUCGACAUCUUGGUUUAUUAAGUUGGAAUGCUGAGUUUCCAAGUGUCUUUUUAACCAGCUGGGCCACAGAGAAGUGGACGACAACACACCAGAACACAAAAGACACCGUGGUUUCUCUUCCCCACUAGACUUUAUUACGGUAAAACCAACUUUCAAACAUGAAACCUCAGAUCUGAUUUACGUUUUAGGAACGCAUUAUAAUCAAUGAGAGAAAAAAAAAACCUACUUGAAAUCAAAAUAAAAUGAGCAAUUAAUAUUUUUUAAAGUUAACAAUGAAACAUACAUUAAAUAAUCCAAUGAAUUCAGAUAAAAGAACGUCCAAAGUAGUGCUAGAAUCAUUUAGAAAAGAAAAUUUUACCAAGGAAAAAAAUGGGUUGAAGAAGAUAGGCUGUUGGGCAUAAAACAAAGAUGGAGAAAGUUCUUACACACAAUCUUUCUCCAGCGGGGGACUGUAAAAACUUAAGUAAACACAAGAGAGUUUGGAGACGCCUAGUCCGCCCAACCCACUGUCCCAUCCUCUGGUCAGCUCUAAGUGUGGCUCUUGGUUACUAGGAACUGAUAGGCCGGCUGUUGGAGAUCUGAGAGAUAGAUACUGACAGGCCGGCUGUAGGAGAUCUGAGAGAUAGAUACUGACAGGCCGGCUGUUGGAGAUCUGAGAGAUAGAUACUAACUGACAGGCCGGCUGUUAGAGAUCUGAGAGAUAGAUACUAACUGACAGGCCGGCUGUUGGAGAUCUGAGAGAUAGAUACUAACUGAAAUGACUCCCCAGAUUGUUGACGCUUCACAAUAUGCGAACGAUUUCUAGGAAGACAGUGGGCCUAAAAAUUCAACGCUCUCUCUCUGCUGGAUUCGAGAAAGAAGUGUGCCUAUACCACUACACUAUGAUAGCGUUUCUCAAAAUUUAGUGAAGACACCAAGUCCCAUGGGAACGAAAUUUGAAUCCUCCACGGGACAUCGCAACCAAAGGCGACAAGCGCAAAUAGCACACAAUUUGUAUCUUAGUGACCCCUUCACGUUCCACCCCCUGUAAACAGGGACCUCAGUUUGAGAAACACUGCACUUAUGUCCCAGACCCAUUGACAUUGCAGAUUUAUUGCACCAAUAGUUGUGGGCUACCAAACACUCUGAGGCUAAAAUUUAAGUAAAGUCACUGUGAUAACUUUACCAAUAGUUGUGGGCCACCAAACACUCUGAGGCUAAAAUUUAAGUAAAGUCACUGUGAUAGCUUUACCAAUAGUUGUGGGCCACCAAACACUCUGAGGCUAAAAUUUAAGUAAAGUCACUGUGAUAACUUUACCAAUAGUUGUGGGCCACCAAACACUCUGAGGGUAAAAUUUAAGUAAAGUCACUGUGAUAACUUUACCAAUAGUUGUGGGCCACCAAACACUCUGAGGGUAAAAUUUAAGUAAAGUCACUGUGAUAACUUUACCAAUAGUUGUGGGCCACCAAACGCUCUGAGGGUAAAGUAAAAUUCAAAUAAAUUCACUCAGAUAAAUGUACCAAGAUCCUGAAAAUCAAAUGGCCAAAUACUAUCAAUAACAAAGAUUUACUAGAAAGGACACACCAGAUGCCCAUUGAUGAAGAUAUCAUAAAGAAGAGGUGGAGAUUGAUAGGACAUAUGCUCCGAAAACCCCCAGAUAGCACUACCACACAAUGUCUAACAUGGAACCCACAGGGAAAAAGAAAGAGAGGAAGGCCUAAGAAUACACGGAGACGCGACCUAGAGGCUGACACGCAAAAUAUGGGAUACACCUGGAAGUAAUUGGAAAGGAAAGCACAGGGCUGUGAGGAGUGGAAAGUUCUUGUAGAUGGCCUAUGCCCCAGACGGGGUAGAAAGGCAUAAGUAAGUAACUGUACCAAUAGUUGUGGGCCACCAAACCUCUGAGGCUUAUGUAAAAUUCAUAUAAAUUCACUCAGAUAUCUGUACCAAUCUGAAUGAAGAGCGGUAUCUUAAAACAUAUUCUUUCAUUCUUUUAUGGGGCGAGAUUUGGAUCAUGGUCAAAAUUUCGAUAAUGGUCAGGAUUUUGAUGAUGGUCAAGAUAGUGUCUGUAUUUUUUAAUUUUGUAUCUAAUUUUUUUCUGGAAUUUUCAACCCCUUUAAAAAAAACACUCCAGGCCGUCUCCUGUACCUAAAGCCGGCAGACUUUAUCACCUGUAUCCAAACCGGCACGCUGUUCCUAAAGCCUGCAGGCUAUAUCGCCUGUACCUAAAGCCGGCUUAAUUUAUCGUCUGUACCUAAAGCCGGAAGACUAUAUGGCCUGUACCUAAAGCCGGCACUGCACAGAAGGGCUAAUUCUUUCUCACGUGGGCUUUAUCAAAUUAUAUACGAUGAAAAGAUACAGAUGGAUUCCCCGUAUUGUUAAUUUGCUUUUGUUUAUUCAUUUAAACAUAUUCUGAAACACACUGUUGAACAACAAGACAUUUUUAGUGCUGCAGUUUCAGGUAGACAUUAAUUCAUACAAGAAUGCAAUUCUAGGUCAUAAAAAUAAAUAUCUUUUAGAAUAGAAUUAAAAAUAACAUUUACCAACGAAUAUAAAAUAGUAAACAACUGCUAACUAUUGUGUGUGCAGGUGCAAACAGGUGUAAAAAGGGCCUCAACAUUUGAAUAGCUCAGUGUCCCUCAUCGGAUAAGUCCGGUCCCUACAUGCGAGCUACUUUUUCAUUUAAGAUAUUGUGUUCUACUUUCACACACGAUCGAAGUUUUCCUUAAGGUCCACUUUAAUUUAAAGUCUUCUUAAGCAUGACAUUCUAAAUAAGGCAUUAAAUCUAACUACGGCCUUAAAAGUUGAAUACGGCCUAAAAAUCUAAAUACCACCCUAAAAUCUAAAUACCACCCUAAAAUCUAAAUACCACCCUAAAAUCUAAAUACCACCCUAAAAUCUAAAUACCACCCUAAAAUCUAAAUACCACCCUAAAAUCUAAAUACCACCCUAAAAUCUAAAUACCACCCUAAAAUCUAAAUACCACCCUAAAAUCUAAAUACCACCCUAAAAUCUUAAUACCACCCUAAAAUCUAAAUAAGUCAUUAAAUCUAACUGCGGCCUUAAAAUCUAAAUGCUGCAUUGAAAUAUAAUUGUGACCUUAAAAUGUAAAUAAAUCAUUAAAAUCUCAAUAAAUCAUUAAAAUCUAAAUCCUUCAUCAAAAUCCACUAUGGCAUUAAGACCUCCCCCCCCUCCCACCCUCGCCUUAGUAUCCAUUAUGGUAUUAAACUCCACAACUUUUUCUUUCUUUCUUUCUGUUGUUGUUGUUGCUCUCUAUUUCUGCCUUAAUUUCUAGUUUGGAACUAAUCUCUACCCUAUCAAUGUUCACAGCCACCCCAACAAAGGGCUCACACUCUUGUCACUAGUAAAACGUCCAUGCCGACCCUGCCGCCGUGCCAAUGCCACGAGAGGUUCUUCUACAAGUACGGUGAGACGAUCGGGUUCGAGUCCAAGACCAUGGAGUUUAAGUGUGGCAAAUGGAACAUGAGGCUGCAAGAAAACGUCGACCUGGUCGGCAAGUACGUCUGUGCUUUCUUGAACGGAGGCGGCGGCAUCAUGUAUCUCGGCGUUGAAGAUAACGGCAAGGUCAUAGGGAUCCCAUGUAAGGAGGAGCAGUUCUUGCUAUUCCAAAAUGCAAUAAGGGGUGUGCCGAAUUACAUCAGGCCGCGAAUAGAAAAGACUGAUAUUCAGAUCAAUAAGAUAAAGGUGAGAGACUUACCAACGCCUGGUCAGGUGUGCGUCAUGGAGGUGUGCAUCAAACCGCUGAAGCCCGCGGAAGACGUUGACUCUCCGUACACGUAUAACGGAAAGUCGUAUUGGAGGAGAGAGGCCAGUACGCACAUGUACCAGGUAUGGUGAUCAUUUUUGGAGAACGGAGGCUAGUACGCACCAGUCCAAGCUAUGGUGAUCGUAUUGGAGGAGAGAGGCUAGUACGCACAUGUACCAGGUAUGGUCAUCAUUUUUGGAGAACGGAGGCUAGUACGAACCAUUGCAAGCAGUGAUGAUCAUAUUCGAGGGGAGAAGCCAUUACGCACCGGUACAAACGAUGGUGAUCGCAUUGGAGAAGAGAGGCCAGUGCGCACCAUUACACUCGAUGGUUAUCAUAUGUAGGCUGAAGACAUUCUAAAAAAAACAGUUCACGCCAAACCAUCUAGACACAAUUAUGCAGAACUCUAUCGCGACAGUUUGUCCUGACCAAAAAUUCACAAUGUAGUCUGCUGAAAAUCAAGCAAAAAGUUAUUUAAAGCUGAAAGUAACCAGACAGGUUAUGGUGAUGAUCUUAAUUUCCAAGCAUUGUGUUCUUCGCAAUAAACGAGCCUUAAAGGGUACUAUCGAGGUGUGAGCGUUUCAUUGAAUUUAACGACAAAUUUUGCUAUCGACAUUUAUAACGAACUGUAUUGAUACAGUAAACACAGCUGCUGUAUUGAUACGGUAAACAUAACUACUGUAUUGAUAAGGUAAACAAACUUAACUGUAUUGAUACGGUAAACAUAACCACUGUAUUGAUGCGGUAAACAUAGCUAAACUUUAUUGAUACGGUAAACAUAACUACUGUAUUGAUACCUGUAAACAGUAUAAGUAUUGACAAUGUUAACAAAAAUGUGUAUUGAAAAAUGUAAACACAAUGACCGUAUUGGGAAGGUAACCGAAAUGACCGUAUUGACGUCAGCUUGCAAGGAUAGACAGUUCAUCAUCUGUAGAUGGCUAAACGGGAAACUCUUUGUCUGCUUGUACUGUUUCAUUGUUUCAUCAAACAACUGUUUCAUUGUUUCAUCAAACAACUGUUUCAUCAAAAAACUGUUUCAUCAAACAACUGUUUCAUCGAACAACUGUUUCAUUGUUUCAUCCAACAACUGUUUCAUUGUUUCAUCAAACAACUGUUUCAUUAAUUUCAUCAAACAACUGUUUUAUUAUUUCAUCAAAGAACUGUUUCAUCAAAAAACUGUUUCAUUGUUUCAUCCAACAACUGUUUCAUUGUUUCAUCCAACAACUGUUUAAAUAUGUUGUGUUUUGUUUUUAAUGAAUGUUUUUUCUUGUUUAAGUUCUAAACUUAAGUAGACAUCUGUUCGGUAAGUCAGGAUUAUUUGACACUAUAGUUUAGGUCGUAGAAAAGAUGGGGGUUGAGUUUGUAAACUGUUGUUGCUAAUUUUAUUGGGCUUUUGGGGGACAUGUAAUAACCUAUAGGUGCUAAGUUGAGGAGGAAAGCAUUUCACAAUCAUUAGGUGCUAAGUUGAGGAGCAAUGCAUGUCACAAUCAGUAGGUGCUAAGUUGAGGAGGAGUGCAUGUCACAAUCAGUAAGUGCUAAGUUGAGGAGGAGUGCGUGUCACAAUCAGUAGGUGCUAAGUUGAGUAGGAGUGCAUGUCACAAUCAGUAGGUGCUAAGUUGAGGAGAAGUGCAUGUCCCAAUCAGUAGGUGCUAAGUUGAGGAGGAGUGCAUGUCCCAAUCCUUACAAACUCAAGUGUCCUUGCAUAUUCUGACUCCUUACAAACUAUUGUGUCCUUGUACAUUCUGCCUCCUUACAAACUCAUGUGUCCUUUCAUAUUCUGCCUCCUUACAAACUCAUGUGCACACACACACAGUUCUACUCCAUCACCGGUACCUUUCAUUCACCCGAACUUACCCAGCCCGCUGUUUGAGCCGAGUCAUUGAGUUGAUGAUGAAUUCUACAGCCGAAUUCAAUGCAUUUGUUAAAUCCUUGAUAUUAACUUCAUUCUUGUUCACGAGUUUCCUCCUUUCUGUCAGGGUGUGUGGCAAAAUAUUCGGACGGCCAAUUGAACCACCUCCCGUCAACCCAUCGAGCUGAAACUUGGCACAUUGAUUCUUUGCCGAUGACAAUACAUUCCGAUUUUCAGCCCCACCCUCCAAACCCCCCAAAAUUAGUUUUUCCUGUUUUUUAAAAUAUUUUUAAAAUGGAAAGCUGAAUGACAUAUGAUGACACCAAUUUCACAAACCAAAAUUCCCGACAACUGCGCCAAAUGAGAUUCUUUAAAAAUAAACAUCGCACGUGCGUUUGGUGGGUAAUAUUUUCUUUUCUUUUUCUGAAAUAGUUUUUGUAAUAAAUCUGAGGCUUAAAAUCUGAGGCUUAAAAGCUGCUGGGACGUUAGAAAAUUAAUAUAAAAUAAUUUUAAAAUGCUUAGAAAUUAUUUAUUUCGGAAAACUUUGUUUUGAUGGUUUCUAUUUUUAAUUACAAACAUUAAAACCAGUAUAAUGGCUUCACUUUAAAAAUCAAAAAAAUAAAAGACAAAAAAAUAAAUAAAAAAACAAAACAACAACAACAAAAAACAACAACCAAAGGCAACAAAAAAUGUAUUAUUGCCAUGUAUGGAUGUACAUAUGCAUGUGAACAUGAAGGGUUAACAAGUCUGUGCUGAGGUCAUAUUUUGGAUGUACAUAUGCAUGUGAACAUGAAGGGUUAACAAGUCUGUGCUGAGGUCAUAUUUUGGAUGUCCAGAUGUAUAUGAGCAUGACGAUCAACAAGUCGGUGUUAACGUACGACUCACUGAUGAACAGUUGCAAUCAACCCUGAGAUCGGGGCCCUUCUCAGGAUUUAGAAACCUAGUACCGAGGUCCUUGUUGAAGCAAAACGUUGCUAGCUAAGUCGUCAAAAGACAGUCUGACCGAAACGUAAAACAAAUCCAGUCAUUAUAUCCACGUGACGGAUUAGUUUGAAUCAAUAGAUUCAGGACAAUUGGUUCAGCGCUGUGUUCGAAUUAUAUUGAUUGAUUUUUUUUUUUUUUACGUUUUAUCAUUUUAAAAUAUAUAUAUAUAUAUAUAUAUAUAUAUACAUAUAUCAGAUACUGCUGCUCUCUGUGUACUUCCGACACUCUGAUCAAUUUGAGACUCUUGCUCUAGAUUCAUCUACCGCGCUUAGGAUUAUUUGGGUCAGGUCUCGUCAUUUAGUCCAUAACCUUCCAUUUCUACACUCCUGCCGUCAACACACACACAUUCCCUUUCCCUGUCUUCAGAUGGCGCCCGCACCUGUCCUGGUCUGCCAUCAACACAUACAUUCCUUAUCCAUGUUUUCAGAUGGCGCCCGCACCUGUCCUGGUCUGCCAUCAACACAUACAUUCCUUAUCCAUGUUUUCAGAUGGCGCCCGCACCUGUCCUGGUCUGCCAUCAACACAUACAUUCCUUAUCCAUGUUUUCAGAUGGCGCCCGCACCUGUCCUGGUCUGCCAUCAACACAUACAUUCCUUAUCCAUGUUUUCAGAUGGCGCCCGCACCUGUCCUGGUCUGCCAUCAACACAUACAUUCCUUAUCCAUGUUUUCAGAUGGCGCCCGCACCUGUCCUGGUCUGCCAUCAACACAUACAUUCCUUAUCCAUGUUUUCAGAUGGCGCCCGCACCUGUCCUGGUCUGCCAUCAACACAUACAUUCCUUAUCCAUGUUUUCAGAUGGCGCCCGCACCUGUCCUGGUCUGCCAUCAACACAUACAUUCCUUAUCCAUGUUUUCAGAUGGCGCCCGCACCUGUCCUGGUCUGCCAUCAACACAUACAUUCCUUAUCCAUGUUUUCAGAUGGCGCCCGCACCUGUCCUGGUCUGCCAUCAACACAUACAUUCCUUAUCCAUGUUUUCAGAUGGCGCCCGCACCUGUCCUGGUCUGCCAUCAACACAUACAUUCCUUAUCCAUGUUUUCAGAUGGCGCCCGCACCUGUCCUGGUCUGCCAUCAACACAUACAUUCCUUAUCCAUGUUUUCAGAUGGCGCCCGCACCUGUCCUGGUCUGCCAUCAACACAUACAUUCCCUAUCCAUGUUUUCAGGUGACGUCCGCUCCUGUCCUGGUUGACAGCAAGACGUCCAUGCCCAGCCUGCCGCCAUGCGACUGCCCCCUGACGGUCUUUUACACCUACGGUCAGAACAUCGGGUUUGAGUCGCGCCAGAUGGAAUUCAAGGCCGGCGGUUACAUCUCGAAGAAUAAAAGAUUCCAGGAACUGCUCGGCAAAUACCUUUGCGGUUUCCUCAACUCCGGGGGCGGCAUCCUGUACUUUGGGGUCGACGACUCCGGCGUGGUCAAGGGCUUGACCAUUACCGCAUCGGGACGGGCGAGAAUCCACCGAAACAUCAACAUCGUCGUGGGUCGCAUCACGCCCCACAUCACGGAGUCAGAUUACUCGGUGAACUUUGCGCAGGUCAAGGACGCGGACGGCGAGGUCAUGGACAAGGUCGUUGUGGAGUUCUGCGUUAAGCCCUGCAGGCCGAGGUCCGACAGCGAUGAGUUCUACGUGUACGAAGGCCACGUCUAUGUUCGGUUUGAGGGCAGUUGCCAUCGUUACCCGCGGGAAAACUGGACGAAACUUAUUUCCUAAAGUAGUAUGUUGGUCAAACCUACACAUGACACGACACGGCGAAAGGAAUACAAAAUAACGGUUGAUAACCUUUUUUUAAAAAACAAAACCAAAUAGCUUUCUCAAUCAAUUUAUGUCACCCAUUUUUACAUCAAUGAACAUUUUUACAUCAAUGAACAUUUUUACAUCAAUGAAAAUUUUUACAUCAAUGAACAUUUUUACAUCAAUGAACAUUUUUAUAUCAAUGAACAUUUUUACAUCAAUGAACAUUUUUACAUCAAUGAACAUUUUUAAAAAUAUUUCUUUAAAAAACAGUCCUAGGUUUUUCAGCGUACUUGGUGAUCUCUUAAUCUAAUGAAUUGAUAUACAGUUUCCUGUCUAGGGAGUUGACCAACAGUCUCCUGGCUAGUGUCAACAGUCUCUUGUCUAGUGAGUUGACCAACAGUCUCCUGUCUAGUGAGUUGACCAAUAGUCUUCUGUCUAGUGAGUUGACCAACAGUGUCCUGACUAGUGUCAACAGUCUCUUGUCUAGUGAGUUGACCAACAGUCUCCUGUCUAGUGAGUUGACCAUCAGUCUCCUGUAUAGUGAGUUGACCAACAGUCUCCUGGCUAGUGCCAACAGCAUCCCGUCUAGUGAGUUGUCCAACAGUCACCUGGCUAGUGAGUUGACCAACAGUCUCAUGUCUAGUGAGUUGACCAACAGUCACCUGUCUAGUGAGUUUUCCAGCAGUUUCAUGUCUAGUGAGUUGACCAACAAUCAUCUGGCUAGUGAGUUGACCAGCAGUCUCCUGUCUAGUGAGUUGACCAACAGUCUCAUGUCUAGUGAGUUGACCAACAGUCUCCUGUCUAGUGAGUUGACCAACAGUCACCUGGCUAGUGCAGUAACCAACAGUCUCCUGGCUAGUGCCAACAGUCUCCUGUCUAGUGAGUUGACCAGCAGUUUCAUGUCUAGUUAGUUGACCAAAAGUCCUCUGGUUAGUGAGUUGACCAACAGUCUCCUAAUGAGUUGACCAACAGUCUCCUGGUGAAUGACUGGAAAGAAUUAGUGGAAGAGCGAAAAUUCAAAGUGACAGCAAUGUUAGCACACAUCAGAUUGACAGCAAUGGUAGCCCACAUCAGAUACCAUUCUGACAGUCUCGAUGUGCACUGCAGUAGUCUACAAAGUCUGAAUUUUAAUGCAUCCGUUUACUGGUGGGGCAAGGAGGAAGAGGGUAGUCUUAAAAUAAGCCAGUGCUUCCCAAUCCUUUGUUUUUGCCACCUGAGUCGCAUCACGCAACAUAUAGUGAAGUCAGAUUUUCGGUGAAAAAUUGGUUUACUGUCUCCCCGAUCUGCAUCCCUAAAAUAAAAACACUUAUACGAUUGAAAUCAGGAAAUUUCAAUUUCGUGGCCAUAAAACAAUAACUGAUUGACGUUUAUAAAAGGGCUGCCAGGUGUAGCAACGAUAAAAGAGGACAUUUCAUAUUGAAAAUGUGAAAUGGGUGACAUUUUAUUUUGAAAGGAGGACAUUUCUUAAUUAAUCUAAAUUUCAGAUAUUAACUAAACGUUUGUUUCUGAAAUAAAACAAAUAACUGCAACAUUAAUCGAACUCUAUACAUAACUUGGAAACUUAAAAAGCAUUUAAAAAUAUUUCUCAGAGCUAGCUGGUUUUUAAAAAAAAUAAAUUCUUUAUUUCUUAAGCAGUCACUAUAAAAAUCCAAGCAAGUCAUAUUCUUAACAUUGUACCGUGUAUGUAUUAUUGAUUUCAAUGUCUCCACAUCAAGUCUAUUCCGCUCAUUGUUCCUAUGAACACUCUCCACAUGUUGAUAAUGAGCAGGAAUGCAAAAAUAAAAUACCUACAUUUUCAAUAAUUCGAAGAAAAAAAAAUGUCAUACUUGUGCAAGAUUUGACAAAAUACCGUCCAUUGUUCAUGCUGAAAGUGUCUUGUAUGAGGAUAAUCCCUUUGUCUUCAGAUCUGCCAAAUGGCACUACAAGGUUACGAAAUUGGUCAUACAGUUUCACAUGAUAUCAAUAUUAACACCCCAGUAUUGCAAUAAGUCAAUACAAGAAAUAAAAUUGUUACAUUUGUACUCAGUUGCGUAGCUAAACUUUGGUGUCACCCGGUACGGUAAACUCAUGGUGUCACCCACCCCCCUCCCGCUGACUUCAACGAUGGAUUUCUUCUUGUUAAAAUAAGUCCACAGUAUAACAAUGACAAGAACAAAAACAACUGGAUUGAAGGUCAGGAGGUAAAUGUAUUUAAGAACUGUAACAACGGUAUGUUAUACAGGUAGUUAUAUUUACAUUAAAUUGACUUCAUUUUAAAUUUUGCUUUUCUGGUUUUCAAAGCUGAAAACCUGCUGUCAAUCACUAGGUCAAAAUCAACGUUAGACCUUCAGUUGAUAGUAGAUAUAGAUGAGAAGCCCUUGACUGCCCCAUGGUGGAUCGUGAAUAGUUAUUGAUAAGCCUUAGGUUUGAAAAGCCCCUCUCACAUGAAGCCACAGUCACACAUAUCUUAAGAAACAAUCGUAGACCUGGCGAGAGUUUUGGAAGACAUUCUAGGAACUCCCAUUUCAAAACAUUAAUUACUGACCAGUCCAUGACUUUGUGAAACUCGAUAUUUAUUUAUUUAUUUAUUUAGGCAUUUUUAUAUAGCGCUUAUCAUAAAGCUCUAAGCGCUUUACAGUUAUUAAAACAUGUAAACUAAGUAAAUACAAAUGAGACACUAGGAUAGUAACUACUAUUCUAUAGAAACAAUGAAAAUGGCUAUAAAACGAGGACACUUUGACACUUCAGGAUCAACCCGAAACAGAAAAUGAGGUAGGGCAAGGAGGGUGCAUCACAGGUCAUAGGCGGACCUAAACAGAUGAGUUUUAAGGGACUUUUUGAAAAUGGACGAGGUUUCACUAUGACGUAUAUGGAAGGGGAGCUGGUUCCAGAACGUGGGCCCAUGGAAGCAGAAGGAGCGUUCACCUGCCUUUAGGUGUCUUCUAAGCCUUAGCAUUUCUUUUCAAAGUUCAUCUUCUGAUAACUCAUCAAUAGAAAGAGGUUAACGUUUGAACGGACCACCAAUAACUCUUCUUUACUUGCUGACUCUUGGGUUGAAGUUGAACAGCCCCAAACAUAUCUGCUACUUUCUUGGUCGCUGAUGAUCUGAUCUAAGAGUUCAGAUUGGAAGCAAUCAAUGCACUCCAGCAUCUCCCUACAGUCGAAGUUCAGCAUCUAUUAAUUGUUCUCCUGCCCUUCGCUUCCUAAACCUUAAUCUUGUCUCUACAGAAAUUCCAAAUCAGUCUGCUUUCAAAAGUCCAAUUUAAAUAGCAUCUUCCACCAAGUGACAGCGCUUCUCGUGCAGAAACAAUCUUAAGUUCUCUAGGUUGGUCCCCACUUUGUCAAGAGUAAACCCUUUAGUCUUCACAUACUGCUGUGUAAGAUUAACUUCCAUAAGUAGAUCAGCCCAAAGUUAAAUGUAGCAGAUGAAAGUAAAAACAAAGACAGCAUGUAAAAGACCUUGUGCUUUAUGAAAAUCGUGCUCGAAUAGUAAGGGGCUAUGCUAGUGAAGAAUCGGGGAAAAGAGUUUUUGAGCAUUGUUGGGUUUCCGUAUAUUAGGUUCCGAAAUCCCACUUUGAACAAAUAUUUUAAUUAAUUAUAAAAAGAUAUUAGAUCAUAGUGUAAAAUAUAUUUUUUACCCUAUAAGUGGUUACAAAUUCAUUUGUUUAUGUUUUAAUAUUUUUUCACCAUUCGAUUCGUGUACUUACAAUCUCUCGAUCAUAUGGUAUUUAUAUAAAGCUUCAUUUCUCAGAAUUUAGAUAAAUAUCGCUUCCUGUCAUUUACGAAAGUUACUUAACACUUCAAUCGGCAUUGAAUCGUGGCCAUAAUGGUGUUUUUCUGACCUAAUUAUAAGGGCACCUCAUUUUUACGCAUUAACCUUGAACUUUUAAUAAAGCACGCAUUUGGAUUGGUUACACGAGUUUAAAAAAUACGUGUGAUCGGUUAUCCUUGUCGGUUAUGAAAUACGGUUUGACCGAGCAGUGUGUCAUUUGUAAAUAUGCAUUUUUUUUUCAAUUCGGCGUCACCCCCUUGCAAGGUGUCAUCCGGUGCGGUCCGCACCUCCCGUGCACCCUAGCAACGCCACUGAUGGUACUUCUUGUGUUCUUUAAGUACUACCCGCCCAACACACAAUAACUCACACAGUUGUUGGAUCCACUUCUCCACGUACUCAAGAGAUGAUAUUUUAUAAACAUGUUGAAAUUGGUUACAUCCAACAUGUUUUAUAUGUCCUGCUCUUCUUACUUCCAAACAUUGUUUUGAAGAGCAAGCUGUUUCCCUUUUAAGGGCACACAUAGGUCUUCAGUUCUAUUUCGCAGUAACCCGCCAUGUUGAUUCUAAGAUGUUCACAAUGUCCAGCACUGAGUUCUCUUCUUGCUGUGCAGCUGCCAGGUUGGCCUGAAAUACACGGUGCCUACUAGUUAGUGAAAGGUGAAACAUUACUUUUUAGCUUUACACUGCACAAGAAUUUUAGAAAAAGGAGGACAGUUUAAGGACAUGUCCUCCUUUUGGAUACCAUCUGACAACCCUAAGCCUUGUCCAACAUUGCCCUUAAGAAACGCAAAACAUGUUCCCUACUUCAGAGAUUAAAUGCCCCACUGUGGGGUGCACACCUUGCGUCAGAAAGCCCACCAAUAUAAGUACACCCAAUGAACUUAAUUGAACACUCCAAAUGGCGAUUCAGUUCAGCAACAUGUUGUCGGACAGACCCACUGGCGUAGGGGUGUGGGUGGGCGGUUUGCUUUAUAUUAAGGGGCGGCUACCUGCAGAUUUUAUUUUGAUAAGGGUGAGUAGAAAAAAUCUUAACCCACCGCGGGCGGCAAUAACCCUAGCUCCGCCACUGGGUCGACCCCUGAAUUUCACUCCAGGAAGCAUUUUGUAAGUUGCUCUUACAUACGGUCACGUCAACGCUUGUGUCUUAUUCCUUGGGUUCUACCUUUAAAACGGAUCUAUAUAUAGAAUUCGCCAGCAAAGGUCAAACACCACCACGCAGGCUAUAUAUAUAGAUACGCCAAAGUGUGGUUAAAUGAGUUCGCUAGCGCGCAAAAUAUAAUUCCCGAUAACUACGCUAAAUGAUAUACAUAUAUAUAUUUUUUUUUAAUAACGCAAUCUAAUUGCGUUUGGUGCGUAAUAUUUUCUUUUCGGAAAUGAAAUCGUCUCAAUUUAAAUAUUUUGUAAAAAAAAAUAUUCGGUUUAAAAGUGGUUGGGACAUGAGAAUAUUAAUAUAGUUCAUGGGCGUGAAAUAAAAAGUGUGGGGAAGGGGUGUAGCAACUAUUGAGAUUCUUAAAUGUGCGUUACUUGAGUUCAUGCUUUGUCAGGUAACUUUAGUAGAUAGGAAGUUCACGCAUUGCUGUCGCCAAUGUUUGGUGGGCUCCAUCUAGUUGUUAUAAUUUAAUAACCAAGGUUGAGCGAGGGUCAGAUUUGUAACUAUGCACCUCUCUUUGCAGUCCUACGGAAUUUCCCCUUUUUUGUUGUUUUUGUGCAAUGAGCUUUAUCCAUGUUAGCACCAUGUUUAGUUGCCUAUGAACGUAGUGUGUCGCACCACAUUCCAGGACACAAACAUUUAAAAAUAGACAAUAUACAUGCCCUGAAACACAUAUCAUCUUGUAAGUUGCUUGUAUUUGUGAGUGCCCCCUCUGCCUGUGACUUUGGCGUGGCUUCGUCCCAGGCGCCAUCUCAAAAAAAACUUGUGCAAUUUUCCACCGUCUUUACUGCUGUGCGCUGUUUCUCAGAUUGCCUAGAAAGAAGUCGGCAAUCUUGUCUAGGGCGAAGUCGGAAAUCUUUCCUAGAGCGAAGUCGGCAAUCUGCUGUCGGCAAUGUGCACUGAUGAUUUUGUGCGACUCUUACCUUGAUAUUUUGUGAAUUCUAAAUAAUGCCUAGGUACUAUAUACAAUGCCCGCUUUGUCACUCUGACGGUAACAAUUACAUAGGACUACACAUAAUUGGUUAAUAAUAGUUACAAAUGUCCAAUUAAGCUUAAAUAUUAACAUAACAAUAAAUAUAAGGUGACACAUAUUGUGCAAAACAUAUCGCCCAGCUGCACAUAACUUAUUACAUAGCAUAUCGUCCGGCCCCACAUAACUUAUUACAUAGCACAUCGCCCGGCCCCACAUAACUUAUUACAUAGCAUAUCGCACAGGUCUACAUAACUUAGUACAUAACAUAUCGCCCGGCUCCACAUAACUUAGUACAUAACGUAUCGCCCAGCUCCAAAUAUCUUAUUACAAAAUAUAUCACCCAGCUACACAUAACAUAUCGCCCACCUCCACAUAAUAUAUCGACCACCUCCCCAUAACAUAUCGCCUACCUCCACAUAACAUAUCGCCCACCUCCACAUAACAUAUCGCCCACCUCUCCAUAACAUAUCGCCUACCUCCACAUAACAUAUCGCCCACCUCCCCAUAACAUAUCGCCUACCUCCACAUAACAUAUCACCCACCUCCCCAUAACAUAUCGCCCACCUCCACAUACCAUAUCGCCCACCUCCACAUAACAUAUCGCCCACCUCCCCAUAACAUAUCGCCCACCCCCCAUAACAUAUCGCUUACCUCCCCAUAACAUAUCGCCUACCUCCCCAUAACAUAUUGCCUACCUCCACAUAACAUAUCGCCUACCUCCCCAUAACAUAUCGCCUACCUCCACAUAACAUAUCGCCAACCUCCACAUAACAUAUCGCCAACCUCCCCAUAACAUAUCGCCCGUCUCCACAUUACAUAUCGCCUACCUCCCCAUAACAUAUCGCCUACCUCCACAUAACAUAUCGCCCACCUCCCCAUAAUAUAUCGCCCACCUCCCCAUAACAUAUCGCCCACCUCCCCAUAACAUAUCGCCCACCUCCCCAUAACAUAUCGCCCACCUCCCCAAACAUAUCGCCCACCUCCCCAUAACAUAUCGCCCAGAUAAUAUAAUUUUUUUUUGAAUCAUGGAAUUUAGUAUGUUUGUGUCUGCAAAAAAUUUCCUCAAUAUGUUGUAUGUCCUCAUUAUGUUGUAUGUCCUCAAUAUGGUGUAUGUCCUUAAUAUGUUGUAUGUGCUCAAUAAGUUGUAUGUCCUCGCUAUGUUGUAUGUCCUCAAUAUGUUGUAUGUCUUGAUUAUGUUGUAUGCCGUCAAUAAGUUGUAUGUCCUCAAAAUGUUGUAUAUAAUUAAUAUGUUUUAUGUCAUCAUUAUGUUGUAUGUCCUUAAUAUGCUCUAUACAGGGACGUCAUAUGGGAUAGGGCAGGGGGCAUUUGCCCCCUCCCCUCUCUGUAUAUGAAGUUUUUAUUUAAAUUUUCUAUGUACUAUGGUGCCUCCAGUUAUAAACAGCUUAACAAGCCCAAAAAACCUGAGAUGACGCCACUGGUUGUAUGUCCCUUAUGUGUUGUAUAUCCUUAAUAUGUUGUACGUCGUUCAUAUGAUGUAUGAUCUCAAUGUAUGGGGUAUCUCCCUAUCUCUCUCUAUAUAUACAUAUAUAUAUAUAUAUAUAUAAAGAAAAUAUAGAGCGAGAGAGACAGUGAGAGUGGCCAGGAUGCAGGGAGAGAGAGAGAGAGAGAGAGAGAGAGAGAGGGCGAGAAUGCUUUCACAAAAAUGUUCAUUUAACGAAUCUCUGUGGUUCUUGAACUAUUUUUGUUUAACAUACAGAACUUGAAAUGGCUGACCCUAGCAAAGAUCAAGCUUCAGAUCCGGCAGAACAAUCUUCAAAACGGAGCCACGAAACUGCGGCACUUCCCCCAGCCCCCGAAUCUUCAGCCAGGCCCACGGGCCGUGACUCACCCACAGACCCUCAGUCCCAGGCCAGGCCGCCGGCCAACCCGUCCCCUUCCCCGGCACCGCGAGAUAGCCCCGCCCCUGAAGAGGACCUCGAUGACGUGUUCGCGACGGACGACGACCAGGAUGUGGAAGAUAUUGAUGAGGAAGACGUGGUGGAGCCGAAGUUCGGCAUCUACGUGGGGCCGCUCCGCUUGAACAUGAACCCGGACAACACGGCUAAAAACAUCUUCCGCCUGCUGAACUGCAUCGGCAUCCGGUGUGCGGCCGUCACGGAAGUCUCCGUUCACCCCGACUCUGGCUACGCCAAGGUCGAGUUCAAGGCCGUGGCCGCUGAGGAUCACUGUGUCAAGGUUAGGGUUGUUGGCGUCACGUUGAAAUAUUUAGAGGAUGAGAUUUAAAAUUGACGUGCGCAAUUUCGAUGGUCUCUAGAGUUUAAAAAAAAAAAAACCAACAAACAACUCCACUUUCUUUGGUCCAGGUCUUCAGCGAUAUUUUCAGUGUGAUGAACGUGUUCGAUCUACGGCGUCUCGUGGACAAUCCCAAACACCUGAAGGUCAGGAAAAUAACCCAGGAGAUCGUCGACUGCCAGCAGGUAAAAACUGCACUGAACAUCUGGGCUGUACAUUCUGUGUCUACGAUCAAAUAAAAACAAAAAAAACCUUUAAUAUUACUUUGUUUUCACACACACACACAUACACAUACACUCACACGCACCCUCAUACCCUUCCCCACCUACACCCACCCGCCUACACCCACCCACCUACACCCACCCACCUACACCCACCCACAAUCACCACUAUUUUAACAUAUUUUUAAAAGCCAGCAGGUAGGGUGUAGGACUGUCAUAUAAAUUAGGGUACCACUCAAAAAUGUAUUGUCCAAUUUUCAUCUUCCUAACUCUUAAAUGUGUUCAUAAUGUAAAAAGUAAAAAAGAAAUAUGUUUAAAUAAUAUUUACAAGUAGCUCAACACUGACAUACUUUUGCAAUAAUAUUUACAGGUAGCUCAACACUGACAAAAUUUUACAACAAAAUGUACAGGUAGCUCAACACUAACACAAAUUUGCAAUAAAAUGUACAGGUAGCUCAACACUAACACAAAUUUGCAAUAAUAUUUACAGGUAGCUCAACACUGGCCAAAUUUUGCAAUGUGCAAUAUUAGCCCUUAGUAUGGCAUAAUAUCAACUUAUAAAUUUUAAUUGACAACCUUGUGCAAAUAUCUUCAGAGAAACUGCCUCACGGUUACAGCUGUUAAGAGGAGUUAAUUGUAAAAUAUUUCUUCCAAAAGUGUGUAGUGAGUAGUGAGUACUGUGUACGAGUAGUGUGGAGUGUGGAGUGAGUAGUGUGUAGUUUGGAGUGAGUAGUGUAUAGUGUGGAGUGAGUAGUGUGUAGUGUGGAGUGAGCAGUGUUUAGUGUGUAGAGAGUAGUGUGUAGUGUGUAGUGAAUAGUGUGUAGUGUGUAGUGAGUAGAGAGUAGUGUAUAGUGUGUAGUGUGGAGUGAAUAGUGUGUAGUGUGCAGUGAGUAGUGUGUAGUGAGUAGUGUGUAGUGAGUAGUGUGUAGUGAGUAUUGUGUAGUGUGGAGUGAGUAGUGUGUAGUGUGUAGUGUGUAGAGAGUAGUGUGUAAUUUUGAGUGUGGAGUGAAUAGUGUGUAGUGUGUAGUGUGUAGUGAGUAGUGAGUAGUGUGUAGUGAGUAGUGUGUAGUGAGUAGAGAGAAGUGUAUAGUGUGUAGUGUGGAGUGAAUAGUGUGCAGUGAGUAGUGUGUAGUGUGUAGUGUGCAGUGAGUAGUGUGUAGGUUGUAAUGAGUUGUGUGGAGUGUGGAGUGAAUAGUGUGUAGUGUGUAGUGUGCAGUGAGUAUUUUAUAGUGUGUAGUGAGUAGUGUGUAGUGAGUAGUGUGUAGUGAGUAGUGUGUAGUGUGGAGUGAGUAGUGUUUAGUGUGGAGUGAGUAGUGUGUAGUGAGUAGUGUGUAUUGUCGAGUGAGCAGUGUGUACUGUAUAGAGAAUAUUGUGUAGUGUGGUGUGAAUAGUGUGUAGUGUGUAGUGAGAAGUGAGUAGUGUGAAGUGUGCAGUGAGUAGUGUGUAGUGUGGAGUGAGUAGUGUGUAGUUUGGAGUGAGAAGUGUGUAGUGUGGUGUGAGUAGUUUAUAGUGUGGAGUGAGUAGUGUGUAGUGUGGAGGGAGCAGUGUUUAGUGUGUAGAGAGUAGUGUGUAGUGUGUAGUGUGGAGUGAAUAGUGUGUAGUGAGAAGUGAGUAGUGUGUAGUGAGUAGUGUGUAGUGAGUAAAGAGUAGUGUGGAGUGUGGAGUGAAUAGUGUGUAGUGUGCAGUGAGUAGUGUGGAGUGUGGAGUGAGUAGUUUGUAGAGAGUAGUGUGUAGUGUGGAGUGAAUAGUGUGUAGUGUACAGUGAGUAGUGUGUAGUGUGUAGUGAGUAGUGUGUAGCGUGGCGUGAGUAGUGUGUAGUGUGGAAUGAGUAGUGUGUAGUGUGGAAAUGAGUAGUGUGGAGAAAAUAGUAUUCCCCUUCAACACAUUAGAUUGGCAAUAAUUACCUUUGUCAGAAUUUUUUUUAAAUUUUCAUCGACUUCCAAUGAGAAAAAUGUGACUCUCUGGAGUGACCUGAAGCAGUUUCUUGGAGAUACAUUUUGGUUGCUUGAAUUCUUUCUAUUACUUUAUGCAGAAAACUUUCAGCUUUGACUAUGUUUUGUAGUCCUUUGAUCAACAUUGGUCAAUCGAAUGUAACAAGUAAACUUACAAUUUUAAACAAACCUCCAAUAAGUUUGUUGUUUUUUUUCCCAUGGUCCGGCAUGGGGGGGGGAAGAGACCCCGGGGGGGGGUGGGAUGACUGUGACUUAAAUCAUUACCAGGAGCACAAUUCUCAAACCAUUGUGAAACUUGUGUCCUCCAGGAGUACAGUGAAGUGUCGCAACUGUUUGUGGGUGCCGCGAAAUCGAAACUGCCCAAGCCGCCGCGGCAAAAGAAGACUGGGCCGACGCCAGAACCGAGCGACGGGCCGCUCCUGUGCAACGACACCGUCAGCUACACGCCCGUCCGGGAAGGGAUCAUCACCGUGAUGAAGGGCACCCCGCAGGGCGGCGACGUCGAGAAGCUGUACGACCUGGUGUGUCUCUCCCUGGCCACCGAGAAAGUCCAGUUCGAGAUCCUGGAGGAGGUGGACAGUGAGGGAGGGGACGAGGAGGGGGAGGAGGAGCUGUACAUCCUCGGCGACUGGCAGACGUGCAUCGACACGCACACAACACUCCCGCAGUUCCGCUUCUGCCGCGGGGUGUCGUUCUACUCGAAUCGGGACAAGAUGCCGCAACCCGAGGGCUGCGCCGUACUGCUUACGUACAAGGAAUACCAGAAGAGGUAAACACUGCUAUAGAAGUGGGCUGUGAGAUUACUUUGAGUUUUCAUUUAUUCAACUUGUCAGAGAAGUUUUAAAUGGUCAUGAUUGUUUAUUUGUUAGUAGCCCCUUUUGUUAGUUUUAUGACAUAUACUGAUUUAACACAGACUCUUAUUAGUUUUAUGACAUGUACUGAUUUAAAGAGACUCUUAUUUAAAUUCUCAAAAUCUCCAAGCUACAAUUUUUGUUUACAAAGUCACUCCAUCGAACGUGUGUUAAAAAAAAAUUAUUGGGUAACAACCCAUUUUUAAGGGGGAACAAAUGCCUAUUCUCAAAAUGUAAUGUUGCUGUAAGGGUUGAAUCUCUGAGUUCCAUACGUGCAAUAUUUCAUUGCCUACCAUGGGGGAUAGUUUGUUUUUCUUGUGCUUUUUUUCAUUCUAUAUCAGGGGUCUCAAACUCGCGGCCGGCGGACCAUUUGCGGCCCGCAAGACGAUAUGUUGCGGCCCGCGACAUGAAAGCAAAUUUAGUUGAUAGUGGUGAUGAUGCGGCACGCGAGGUUCCGCCAUUCUCAUAUCUAUAAUGUGACCCUCCGCGACGGUUUCAGUCGAACCUCACCGACUAGUCUAAUUCUGAUUUUUGUUAUUUUAGUAUAGAUUUGGACUUUGAUUAUAAUGGUAAAAACUGUUUUAAAAUUGAACUAAAAGUUUUUAAUUUGUAGCAUUUUAUAAGACAAACUUUGGCAAAGUGAGGUUUUGAGAAAACACGCUUUGAAUAUUGUAUACACCAAUUUAACAUUUUGAAAAAAUCAGUUAGUGUAAUUAAGUAAAUCGUAGCAAUCUGACACAGUCUCAAAGAGUCCCUAUUAAAAUUGCCGCUAAUGCUCAUGAGUGAGGGAAAUUCUGAACCUGUCAGCUUGGUCACUUUGCGCUGUCAGGUCUCUAGCAACAAGCAGUAGGUUGAAGAAAGUGAAGCCUCGUUCUUGAGAACCCUUAAUGUUUUUAUUUGUCAUUACUAAGGGUUGAGCAGAUUGUAACAUUUUUACUUCAUUGAAUUUGUAAACGCUUUUUUUGUGUGGAAUACUUGAUGCGACCCAGUCUCACUCAGAAUCCGCCUCCUGCGGACCCCGGAUGAUUUGAGUUUGAGACCCCUGUUCUUUAUGAUAAGAUCUUUAGAGAUAGGAGCAACACAGGGUAGAACAACUUGUAGCAUCAAAAUAUACAACAAGAAAAUGAUGUGCAUGAGAUGUCAGCUAUCUGGGAUAUCGGGGAGCUAGAGAAAAAUGGACUCAAAGAAGUCCAAACUCUUCAAUUUAAUCCUGCGCCCCCUCCGCCCCCACUCCCCCCCACACACACACUCGACUAGUUCAUUAAAAUGCUGAAAAAAAAGAAAGUUCUAUUUAAAAUAUUUUUUAUAAAUUCUGAAUGUAAUGAGUUUUGAUAAUGCGCGGCAUGCCGAGGCUGUUGAGGCAGUACUGAGUGUUUCUUGGUGUGGUCCCCAGCACGGGGUGAGUGUUUCGUGGCGUGGUCCCCAGCACGGUGUGAGUGUUUCUUGGUGUGGUCCCCAGCACGGGGUGAGUGUUUCUUGGCGUGGUCCCCAGCACGGGGUGAGUGUUUCUUGGCGUGGUCCCCAGCACGGGGUGAGUGUUUCUUGGCGUGGUCCCCAGCACGGGGAGAGCGUUUCUUGGCGUGGUCCCCAGCACGGGGAGAUGCACGGGGUGAGUGGUCCUGGGCGUGGUCCCCAGCACGGGGUGAGUGUUUCUUGGCGUGGUCCCCAGCACGGGGUGAGUGUUUCUCGGCGUGGUCCCCAGCACGGGGUGAGUGUUUCUUGGUGUGGUCCCCGGCACGGGGUGAGUGUUUCUUGGCGUGGUUCCCAUCAUGGGGUGAGUGUUUCUUGGUGUGGUCCCCAGCAUGGGGUGAGUGUUUCUUGGCGUGGUCCCCAGCACGGGAUGAGUGUAAGGUGUACACAAAAAGGAAACGGGGGGAGUGGCAAUAAAAAAAACAGAACGAACAAGAUUUUGUUAAGAAGUGUCGGGAAAGGAAAAGGGCGGGGGAGGGCUCUAAACAUUUCACAAGGAGAUAUAAAUAAUCCAAUGGAUUAGCCAAGACUUUAUUUAGGUAGCUUCUCUGUGUCAUAAUGUCCGUCUGUAACACAUCGUCUCGCUGUCAAACAUUAUCUCGCCGUCAAACAUUAUCUCGCCGUCAGUCACACUUUGUAUAAUCUGUCACAUUGUGUCAUUAGUCAUACAUUUUCAACCCGUCACAUGCUGUCAUUAGUUGUACGUUGUUUCAAUGUCGCACACUUUCUUGCUGUCACGCAUUGCCAAUCGGCCACAUAUUAUCAUUUGCCACAUGUUGUCAAUCUGUCACAUAGUGUACCUCUUUCACGACACACUGUCUCUCUUAUGGCACAUAGCCCCUCUUUCACAUUGACACAUUGCCUCUCUGUGACACAUUGCCUCUGUGUGACACAUUGUCUCUCUGUGACACAUUGUCUAUCAGUGACACAUUCUCUCUGUGACACAUUUUCUCUCUGUGACACAUUGCCUCUGUGUGACACAUUGCCUGUCUGUAACACAUUGUUUCUGUGUGAAACAUUGUCUCUGUGUGACACAUUGUCUCUCUGUGACACAUUGUCUCUGUGUGAAACAUUGUCUCUGUGUGACACAUUGUCUCUCUGUGACACAUUGUCUCUCUGUGACACAUUGCCUGUCUGUGACACAUUGUCUCUGUGUGACACAUUGCCUGUCUGUGACGCAUUGUCUCUCUGUGACACAUUGCCUGUCUGCGACACAUUGUCUCUGUGUGAUACAUUGCCUGUCUGUGACACAUUGUCUCUCCUUGGCACAUUGUCUCUCUGUGACACAUUGCCUUUCUGUGACACAGUAUCUCUGUGUGACACACUGUCAUGGUGUCACACAUUGUCUCACUGUGGCACACACACACACACACACACACCAAUCCUCCCAUAUCAGUUGACCACUCUUUUGGCGUCACCUACUACCCUUGUCACGUGAUCUGCCUUCUGUCCUCAGCAAUCUAAUCUUAGCCAAAUACAUGAGCGCCCUCCUCAACAUGGGCAAAGGCGGCUCCAUCUAUUUCGGCGUCACGGACGACGGGACGAUCAAGGGCAUCAACCUCAACGCGUCCGCCGAGCAAUCCUUCCGGCGGUCUCUGGACCAGCAAGUCAACCGUGUGAAGCCACUGGUCAUCACCGCGGUCUACCAGUGCACCAUCUCCAAGAUCAUGUCGCCCAACGGCCUUAUCGUGCCCGACACCAAGGUCAUCGAGAUCCGGGUCAAGGCCGAGCCCCCACCCCCUUGUCUGUACAAGGUGGAUGGCAGGCCGUACUUUUUGAACAAGAACGGUGUGGUCACGGACAAAGUCAAGUGAACAAAUUUCGUACGUUUGGGAUGGUCCAACAAAUAAGUAGACUAAGUUUGUAAAUUGGUAAGGUCCAAGCAAUAAGUAUCCUGAGUUUUUAACUAAAUACAACUAAAAUGUAAUUAUCUUUAGUGUGUAUGUGUAGGGGAGGGGGUGGUGAUGUCCAAAAGACAAAGUAAAGUAAGCAAAAAUUGUUCUGGAACUUUAAUCAUUUUUUUAAAAUCAAUGAUGGCUGUACCUUUAGUCCUAAAAGUAUAUGAUCCACUGCAGUUAAACGUAGUACAGGGCAGUCGUACAGGGCAGUUGUACAGGGUAGUCGUACAUCGCUGAAAAGAACAUCUUUGCUGUCCUAUUCGAGAAAAUCAUUGGAAAGAGCAAAUGACGUCAUUCGCAUUUUGAUUGAAAUAAACGCCUCAGCCGGCC